CAAGGAAACACAAGGCCUAAACACCUCUGGCUUGUCUGUCCAAGGAUCUGCCUCAAUUGUGGCUCCCAUCCUUCUGAAGAACUCUUCAGCACAGUAAGGGACUCUGCCCAGUCCUUCCUGACAGUCCACGUCCCUCUCUCCGUGUCCUACGUCUGUGUGACGGCACCGAGGGGCUGGGCUUCCCUGGAGCACCGCACCGAGAUGGAGUUCUCCUUCUUCUACGACACCGUUCUCUGGAGGACAGGGAUCCAGACGGACAGCGUGCUCUCGGCCCGCCUGCAGAUAAUCCCCAUCUACAUCCGCGAGGACGGACGGCUGGUCAGCGAGUUCAGGACGCAGGCCAAGUUCAGAGCGCUGUUUGUCACGGAGCACCACAGCCUGCCAGAUGUCAGGUCCUCUUGGAGAACUCCAGAGCACCUGGGAGGCAUCGAAUUUGACCUGCAGCUGCUGUGGAGUGCUCAGACUUUUGAUUCUCCCUACCAGCUCUGGAGAGCAACCAGCUCCUACAACAGGAAGGAUUACUCUGGAGAAUACACCAUGUUCCUGAUCCCCUGCACGGUGCAGCCCACGCAGCCGUGGGCAGAGCCUGGAGCCAAGCCCCUGCCCUGCACGGCUCACGCUCCCGAGCGGUUUUUGAUCCUGAUCACCUUCCAGCAGACAAGCCGCCCAGUUCCAGUUGUUUACUCCCAGAACGCAAGAGUUUCAGAUCUGUAACGACGAGAAGGUUUUUCUAAUGGACCCCACCAAAUCGGAAAGGUCUCUGGCAGAAAUGGAUUACAAGGGGGCUUUUUCCAAGGGUAGGAUUUACCUCUCCUCUUCUGCUUGUGCCCAGCGUUUCUGCUUUCACAGCUUCCAUUCCCUGGAGAGGAAAGGGCAAAACCCACAGGUAGCUUUGCCUCUUCUACAGCAAUCAUUGACAUCUUACAGGCCUGUGAAAGAGCAGCGUGCUCUGGCACCGCGUUUUGUCACUCCCACCCACCGAGCCCUUCCCAAACAACCCAAACCCUUCUGAACACGGACACUUGGCUCUAGCAGCGUUUUCCUGCUUGGGAAAUUUCACCUGCCCCUCUUUGUCCCGACCUCCCCAGGGCAGAUCCUGUACGGGCACGUGCUCUGGCACCCGGAACAAAACCUCAACGCUGCUUACAAGCUGCAGCUGGAGAAGGUCAACCUGUGCACAGGCAGGGAUGGCUACGUGCCCUUCCUCGACCCCACGGGUACCGUCUACAACGAGGGGCCCCGGUACGGCUGCAUCCAGCCCAACAAGUACCUGAAACACCGAUUCCUCCUCCUGGACCAAAACCAGCCAGAAGUGAGGGAUAAGUAUUUCCACGAUGUGCCUUUUUGACGCCCACUUUGCUUCCCAGCUGUCGGAGUUCC